CAUUCUGUGGCGUGCUGAUCAAUGUUAUUUAAACAACAAAAGUCUCAUUUUCAUUCUUUCUUUCCCUUUUAUCGGCCUCAUAUUUCUAUAAUUUCUAUCAUUUCUGAAGCUUCUCUGGGCUGCCAUGUUAGGCCCUCAGUGCUGUGAAAACCCACCUAAUUUUCUGAGCUCAGGCGCUUGCGGUGAAGGCUCUGUUGUGGAACUCUGUGGCCGCAAGACUUAUGUCUCGGGAUCAUCGUCUUCUGCUUCUGCAGUUCUUCUGAUCUCCGAUGUCUUUGGUUAUGAAGCCCCCAAACUGAGGAAGCUUGCAGAUAAAGUUGCUUGUGCUGGAUACUAUGUGGUGGUUCCUGACUUUUUUGACGGAGAAUAUUUUAGAGCUCCGGGUGACAACAGGUCUCUUGCAGACUGGGUGAACGCCCACCCAACAGCUAAAGGGGUUGAAGAUACCAAACCGAUCAUUCAGGCUCUAACUAGCAAAGGAAUAUCAGCAAUUGGAGCUGCAGGGUUCUGUUGGGGAGGUAAAGUGGUGGCCGAACUAGCCAAGUCCGAUCACAUACAAGCCGCAGUCCUGUUGCACCCUGCAAUGGUUACUGUUGAUGAUAUCAAAGAGGUUAAGGUUGCCAUUGCUGUUCUGGGUGCCGAGUUCGAUAACCUAUCUCCACCAGAGCUAAUUAAGCAAUUUGAGCCAAUUUUGUCCACUAAACCAAAGGUUGAUAGUUAUGUCAAGAUCUUCCAUGGGACUAAGCACGGAUGGACCACGAGGUAUGAAGAUGAUAACAAGAUGGAAGUGUUAAGUGCUGAAGAAGCCCAUCAAGAUAUGGUGGCCUGGUUUAACAAGCAUCUCAAACUGAAGAGGAUUGCAAAAAUCUAAGGCAUGCAUGACAAAGUGAUACCUUAGACUUUGUAUUUAGGCUCCGGUUGGUAUAAAACCAAAGCAAACUGUACCGAGAUUUAGUGUCAACAACCCGUCAGAAAUGCAAAGCAAUAGAAAAUUUUAUAAUGUCAUAGUGAUAUUUUUAAAGGUACUUCAGAAAAUGCUGGUCUACUUCUACAUUUUCAAAGAUUAAGCAAUGCCUGCAUCACUUGCACAGGCUGCACUAUA